UCUCCUUCAUCUCUCGAUAAUUUCCUCGUUCGCACGAUCUGCCUUUCAUUCAGUUUCUGUUUCUCUUGUGUGAACUGAUUCGGCUUCUGUAUUUCUGACGUGGGGAAAUAUUUUCCUAAGAUUUAUUAAAAUCUUUUUGAAAAAGAAAAUCAAAUAUUUUCCGGUCAUGGAGGUGUCUGUAAUGGGUAAUUAUCAGGGUAACGCGGUGAGUACAGAAUUAGCCUACAGAAAUAUGAAAUUUUGCUGUGUGUCCAGAAAUGAUAAGUUAAUAUUUUCCCGGAGAAACAGUGGUGUUUGUUUGGUGGGUCAAGGAUCGAGGUGGCGAACAGCUCAGCUUCGAUUUACUUUAAAAGCUGUUCAUUCUCAGCCCGUUGUCCAAUCCGAUCGUCUUCCUGCUUCUAAACCUGAAUCAUCUGAUGGUGUAAAGUUGUUUGUUGGGUUGCCGUUGGAUGUGGUUUCUGACUGCAAUACAGUGAACCAUGAGAAAGCCAUAACGGCAGGGCUAAAAGCUUUGAAACUCUUGGAAGUGGAGGGUGUUGAGCUACCUUUGUGGUGGGGAGCAGUGGAAAAGGAAGCGAGGGGGAAGUACGAAUGGUCAUGCUACCUUUCUGUUGCCGAGAUGGUUAAGAAAGCUGGUCUCAAGCUUCAUGUUUCACUCUGUUUCCAUGCUUCCAAGCAGCCAAAAAUUCCGCUUCCAGAUUGGGUAUCCAAGAUUGGUGAAUCCCAACCUAGCAUCUUUUAUAGAGAUAGGACUGGAAAGCAUUAUAAAGACUGCCUGUCAUUGGCUGUUGAUGAUCUUCCAGUUCUUGAUGGGAAGACACCAGUUCAAGUUUAUCAAGAAUUUUGUGAGAGCUUUAAGUCUGCAUUCAUGCCUUACAUGGGUACCACAAUCACGGGCAUCUCAAUGGGUCUAGGACCAGAUGGUGAGCUUCGUUAUCCAUCUCAUCACCGACAAGGCAAAAGUAAAACCCCUGCAGUUGGAGAGUUCCAUUGUUAUGAUGAGAACAUGCUUAGACUUCUUAAGCAACAUGCUGAAGCAACUGGAAAUCCUUUAUGGGGACUCGGUGGUCCUCAUGAUGUGCCCAAUUAUGAUCAAUCACCUAAUGCAAACACUUUCUUUAAAGAUCGUGAUGGAUCUUGGGAGUCUCCUUAUGGUGACUUCUUCCUGUCCUGGUACUCAAGCCAGUUAAUUUCUCAUGGAAAUCGCCUUCUCUCCCUUGCCUCUUCGACCUUCAGGGAUACCGGACUGAAUGUUCACGGCAAAGUCCCACUCAUGCACUCCUGGUACAAAACCCGGUCCCAUGCUUCUGAACUGACAGCUGGGUUCUAUAACACAAUCAACAGAGAAGGUUAUGCGGCAGUUGCUGAGAUGUUCAUGAAGAAUUCGUGCAUAAUGACCUUGCCAGGAAUGGAUCUUUCAGAUCAUAACCAGGGACAUGAGUCCUCAAGCCCUGAAUCAUUACUCAGACAAAUCAAAGCAGCUUGCAGACUCUAUGGGGUCGAGAUUUCUGGGCAGAACUCAUCACUCUCAGAUGGUUCAGCUGGUUUUGAUCAGAUAAGGAAAAAUUUAUCAGGUGAGAAAAAUGCAGUAAACUUGUUCGCUUAUCAGAGAAUGGGAGCUUCAUUCUUUUCUCCGGAUCAUUUCCCUUCAUUCACUCAGUUUGUUAGGAACCUUAGUCAGUCUGGAUUGCAUUCAGACAAUUUAGCAGAAGAGGAAGAAAUUACAGAAUCCUCAAUUAUGAAUUCAGAGACAAGCAUCCAAGUACAAACAGUUUAGGUUUGGUUUACGCUUGUGUAAAUAUAAUGUUAUUGUACCUGAGAAGAUUGUAUUGGGCAGGAGGACACCAGAGACAACUGGGGACUUCUCUUUUUUAUAUUGAAACCAGAAAAAAAAAAAAAAAAUCCGUAAAUUAUAAAUGCAUACCUUAAAGUUCUUUGUUCGUUUUA